CUCUGCUACGACGACGACACCUCUUCCAGUGACAUUACAAUUCUCGGUAUAGGUCUCUUUCGCAAUGGGAAAGCUGAACAUUGCACAUCACAAGUCAUACCAUCCUUACCGUAGGGACAACAUCGAACGUGUUCGUCGAGAUGAAGAAGAAGCGAAACAGAAAGAGGCUGUGGAAGAGGGCAGGAUGAUGCUUGCCGACUCUGAAGCUCGGAUAGACCUCUUGAGGCAGCGAGCUGGUCUUGGGAGGGCACAGUCGAGUCGUGAGGAGUUGGAGGUUGCGGUGAUAGCUCCUGAAGCGGGACCCUCGACGCUCACAACAGCAAGUGGGCACAUCAACCUAUUUGAAGAUCUGGAACGUCAAUCAUUGCCAUUAGCCAUCCGCACAUCCAUGAAGAAAUCAUCAGAACCAACUGAUAAAGGUGUGCCGUUGGCGCCCUCAGAGAAAGACUUGAAACCGUGGUAUUCGGACAAGGACCACGAGCGGAAUCGAGACCUCGAGGAUGAUCGAAAACUACGGGAUCUAAAGCGCAAAUCUGUUCACGAUCCUUUAACAUCGAUUCAAUCUCAGCUAGGUUCCCGGUCUACUCGAGAGGAAACCGUUGACGUCCGUAGAUCGCGAGCGCCACCACGGAGGCCUCCAAGUCCUCGACCCAACGCCGAUUCCCGCCCGCCCGAAGUCGCAGAAAGAGUCAAUCGUGAAUCUUCUGAACGUGAGCGAGCACUGGAGCUCAUUCGUCGCAAGAAACGCGAAAUGGCUGGGAGCGAAACUCCAAGUACAGUUUAUGGAGGUAUGGAAGGCGGAUACCGCGACGUAUUUAAUCGCAUGGAUGUGGAAGCAGCUCACCGUACUCGAGAUCGACGUUGGGAUGGGGGAGACGACCGUAACUGUAGACGAGGGUCUAGUGGUAGAUGAUAUUUUCCUAUGACCUUCAUGUCGAAUCCGAGGAUACGGAGCGUGAUGCCGUCUUCAGCGUGUCGCACAUCUGGUUCGGUUCAAAUUUAGCUCGUCGGGCUCACCGUGAGGAGUGCUAACACCGUAGAGUUGCCUUUAUCUCCCUUUGGCUCGAUCAGGCCGCGCUACGGAGUGGUGAUUGGGGCGUGUAAGAUGAGUGCUGACCCGAACGUUCAAAGCCGGUUCAGCAUUUUCCAUGUUUGCGACCGUUGAACGAAACACUCACUAGUCACUACUCAUCGACGUCAUCGGUGCUACCGGUUGGCCGCGGACAGGUUCAGUUGUGACAGGUGCUGACACCCGUCUAUAGGUUCCUGGUCAUUGAAUAGUUUUAUAUGAACGUCUUUGGUGUCC